CACCGUCUUUGUUGGGGGCAGAUAAUCUGCCGGCCAGGAAGCCUUCCCGCUGCUCACUUUCUCGGUAUCCCUCCACAGUCGCUAGCUAUGCUGGAAAAGUACGAGAAAGGGUUGGAGCCAGGGAGUGAACUUUUCGCCAGACUUUCCCCUUUCAGUCCUCCGUUGUCCCCUUGGUGACAGGCGGACACAGGAGAGCGCGCGUCGCGCCGGUGACGUCGCGGCCGGUUCUCCGCCAUCUUAGUUGUGGACAGAGAGGCAGCAACCUCGGAGGAGCCGAGGCGGUGCGGCUGUCUAAAUGCUGAGGCUCGGCAGGCGUGGGCUCUGGCUGGGCCUGGCCGCGGCGGCGGCGGCGGCCGCACGGCUGAUGGGCUGGUGGAGUCCCCGCGCUGACUUUCGCCUUUUCAUACCCGAGGAGCUGGCCCGCUAUCGCGGCCGCCCUGGGGACCCGGGCCUCUACUUGGCCUUGCUCGGACGCGUCUAUGAUGUGUCCUCUGGCCGGAGGCACUACGAGCCUGGGGCCCACUAUAGCGGCUUCGCAGGCCGAGACGCAUCCAGAGCGUUUGUGACCGGGGACUACUCUGAAGGAGGCCUUGUGGAUGAUGUAUCUGACCUGUCAUUUUCUGAGAUGCUGACACUCCAAAGUUGGCUUUCAUUCUAUGAGAAGAAUUAUGAAUUCAUCGGGAGGGUGACAGGAAGGUUCUACGGAGAGGAUGGGCUACCUACUCCAGAACUGACCCAGGCAGAAGCCAUGAUCACCAAAGGCGUGGAGGCAAAUAAACAGGAACUGAAAGAGAAGCAGAAGUUUCCACCAUGCAAUGCUGAGUGGAGCUCAACCAGGGGCAGCCGGUUCUGGUGCUCCCAGAGGAGUGGAGGUGUGAGCAGAGACUGGAUUGGCGUCCCCAGGAAGCUGUUUAAGCCAGGUGCCAAGGAGCCCCACUGCGUGUGUGUGAGAACAACUGGCCCCCCUAGUGACCAGACGCCGGACGACCCUGCGCACAGAAAUCGCGGGGACUUGGACCACCCCAACUUGGAGGAAUACACAGGCUGCCCACCCCUAGCCAUCACAUGCUGUGUCCCCCUCUGAGCCGGUACCCUGUAUGUCCAUAACCCACAGGGAACCCUCACCUGCCUUUCCCUAAUGGGCCCUUGACUCCUGUGCCCUAGGAUGGCUCCUGCAUGAAACAAGAGGGCCUGGAAGGACUGGGCCAUGCUCUGCAGACAGGACUCAUGCCCCUCCCCAUGGGCUCACCAUUUUGGUGACUGAGGCCAGCGCCUGGCAACCUGCCUAGUACUGGUCGGCCUGUUCUUGCCACUGUUCCCCUAGAUCUCCUCACCAUCAUCCUUUGGAGUUCGCCGGUAUUAAUGGGCACAAAUUUGACCAACUCAAAACUAACUGGACAGACACGCAGAAGGGCUCUGAGCUCCAACAGCUUCCUUCCCACGGACUCCCAGGCUGCCCAGAUGAGCUGCCAGCCUGGGCCCUGCUUGUAACUCCCACCCUGGUCAGGACAUCAGGGGCUACAUCAUUCCCUUACAACUCAGAAACAAGUAGACACAUCCAGAAAAGCCGUAUGAACUAACAGUGUCAACACAACCCUGUUCCGGUUCACCACUUGCUAAUGUGAGCCCUGACUUUUACAACCUUUCUUAAAAAUAAGACCUCGGUCCUCAGGCAAACUUGAAUUUAUCAAUACAACUAAAAGCCACAUUGAGUUAAUUCGAGCUGGACCAAUAUAGUGAGAGGUGACAAUAAAACAGGAUAGGCUAAUUCUGGAAAUGGAAAAGUUUUUGCUUAUAGGGAUGCAGCAAAUCCAGAUGCCUCUGAACAAAGCAACAAUUUAAAGCAAGGGUACUGUUUCUCUUUCAAACACUUAAAAUUAGGGGUGGUGUGUUUUCAAAGGGCGAAGUCUGCAUUUUGAGCAAAAGGUAGUUUCACAGCUCUAACACGGACACUGGCUAGCGCAACAUCAAAGUUUGGGCAAGGCUGCAAGUGCCAAUACAAACAGCCUCAACAGUGGGUGGUGUGUCCAGGGUCAUCUGUAAUCUCCCACACUGGACCAAGUUCAUACCCAUUACCUCCUGGAUUCUAAUUAAGCUCAUGGGGGCAAGGAGGUCCUACCUUACAGGUAAGGAAACGAAACCGGAGCGAUUACAGGUUCAUGGUCUCCCCAUCUGCGCCUUCACCUCAACUUCUCCCAAUCCCCUCAGCUGUUAAUCUAAACAUUCUCUGUCCUCCCUUUUCGGUUGUUUUUCCUCUCCUUUAUCAUUAAUCUCACUUAAUAGCUUUCCAGAUUCACGGACUAGAAAACGGAGGCUGCCUGCCCUGAACUGGCGUGGCUCGCUGCCCUUUGGCCACAGCUGCUCUUCUGCCACCCAGGAUCUUCCUCACCUGCCUUUCCAGUACCUUUAACCUCUUCCUGCCUCCUGGCUCUUCCCUGUAAGUCUGCAUUCAACAGCUCACUUCCCUUCCCUCCUGCCCCAUCCUUCUGUAGGCCCUGUCCCUACUUCCCGUCCCAGCAAAGCUUUGGAAAACGCUGCAUGUGCUCAGUCUUUGCUCCUCAGCCCCCAUUUGCUUGCAACACAGUCGCCCAGGUUCGCCCUUCCCUGCUCCACAGCAGGAUAAAUUCUGUACUGGCAAACCCACGGCCACAUUCAAUUAUUACCUACCUGGACCGGUCACAUUUGAGGGCCCUCGUGAAAGCCUCCCUUGGCUUUUUCCUCAUUUCCCUUAUCUCCCUCGGGGGUUCCUUCCAGCCUCCUGGGAAGCCUCUCCUCCACACGCCUUCCCACCAGCUCCUCUCACUCCUGCGUCAGCUGCCAAGCCUGUCAUCUCGUCCAGGCGGCUUUCCUGACCGUUUCUGCAGGCACCGCAGACUCCACAGUUCUGGGAUUUAGUCUUCAUCUUCUCCCUGGUGAUUCUUCUAGUUCCCCUGGAUGGUUCCACCAUCGCCAUCUUAGAGCUCCCAGUCACACCAAGUAAGAAUCCUGGCCAUCAUCCCCAGCCCCUUCCCUCCUGAGCCCCUCCUCCCGACCAGUCUCCAGGUCCUGGCAAUCCCACCCCCUUACCUGUUCAGUACUCCUCCUCUGGUUGAGGCCUUCCUUUCUCACCUGAUCUAACUGCACUCCCUGCAGCCCAUCCUCCACGCUGCCAAGUCAUCCCCGUGACGUUCAGGGCAUUCUCCGUUUAAACCUCUUCAGUGGCUCCCUUAUCUGUAAGGAUCAGUUGCUAACUCUUCAGCGGCGCACGAGGCCCUUCUAGGGUCCGUCUCCUCUUAGCCUCUGUAUCUCUGCCACCACCUCCCACAUGCACUGAUCCCUCCAGCCUUCACCUCGCUGCUUUAUGCCUGCAACACCUUCACCCAGGCUGUCCCUUCUGCCUGGAAUGACACGCCUUCUUCUCAAUCUUUCUACCUCUUACCUCUUAAUAACUUAGCUCAAUCAAGUGGGAGGCUUCAUUAACCACUGGCCCACCAGUGGAUUUAGAUGCACUUUCCUCUAGGAAAAUAAUACUGUGUUCACUUCUAAAAUAACAAAUGUCACAGUGUCCCGUAACUAUGAAUUUCCUAUCAGCCUCUCGCAUUGGACUGCAGACUCUCUUUGAGACAGGGACCAAGGAUCACUUGGCUUUGUACCCCCAUAUCCACCAUACCUAGGACACGGGAAGUGUGCAGAAUUAGCUCUCUUUUGCAGAUGAGGCAACCAAGGCCCAAAGAACUUAACAAAGGCACAUAGCAAUGAAGCUGAGCCUAGAACUCAAGGUUCUUGUCCUGAUUCAGUGCUAUCUUCGUGCCUCCAUAGUUUGGUAUGUCUCUGCCCUCCCUGGAGCAGGAGAAAAUAAGGAGGCGAACUUAAGUUAGGACCUUAUUCUGAGUUCCACACAGCCCUUGAGGUCAGUGCCUGAGGCAUCCCUGCUGACUCAACCCCAGGCUAACUGGGAACUAGUCACUGCCACUGCUCUCCUUAGUCCUUAGUUAUUCGACAAAUAUUUACCAAGCAUCUGUGUGCCCUGGGGUCGGGGCUGGGGGGAAGUGAGGCUCCUGACCUCAAGAAGCUUGUAGUACGGCCGAGUAAAGCCCUGGUUAGAGCGGCCAGAGGCCACUCCUGGGGUAGGAAUGCAGGGACAGCGUGGAGGCCAGGUCCAGAGAUGUUUAGAUCCUUCCAAAACAAACUGAUAAAGAAAAAGAGCAAAACAAGGCACUUAGCGUCAUCCCAGCCAAGUACAGACCUGAACUCUGGCUGAUGCAAGACCCCUGAGCCCGCAUUUCAGGACACACUCACCCAGCCUCUGCGGGCUGCCCACUUCCUUGCUCAAUGAGAACUCAUUUCCUUUUUGACGCCGACCACUUACUUUAUAGUAAAGAGCCUCCUCACACCAGGGCAGUGGGUGAAUCUUCAAGAGAUUUGCCAAGAGUAGGUUGUCAUGUUAAUGAUCCAAAAGGCUCAGCCAUGAGAAGCUAGUGGUUACUGGAGAAAUGCCUCUCCUUCCUCCCUCCUGGGCAAGACUAUGGAGGAGGAAGGUAGUCCCUCCCUGAUAGAAGCCACAGAAAGUUCAGCUCGGGCAGCUAAGACUUGCUGACAGAGGGAAGUGGAGAAGAAAACUAAUACAUGUUGGGCAAACAUGCUGAGCAGGGAGGGAGCUUUAUCUGUUCUCACUGAACCUCGAUGCCAGCCUUGAGAGGGUCUUUUAUGGUCCAGAAAAGGGGCAUAAAUUCUCCCACCCCACAUCUAAUGGUUACAACAGUCAUCACACGACAGAGCUGAGCUUUAUACCCAGGUCUGCCCUCUCUGCCACACCAUGAGCAGUGUUAAAGCAAAGGCUGGGCAGCUGCCUUCUAACAUGCUAGAGGAAAUUAUAACGUCUGCCUUUUAAUCCUGAGAUUCCAGUUUUUCUAGAAACACAGAACUAAGAGUGAAGAGCCCAGAAUUUUGUGGCCACAGCUCAGUCCCUUUAACUUGCAAAGGGACCCAUACCAGACCACUGCUGCCAUCCCUAGCUUGCUCAGCUCCAGGACAAACUGUGAUCUAAAAGAUAGAUCCUACGGACAGGUUAGGGAUAUCUGUUCAGAAAUCUGUGGAAAUCUGAAUUUCCAUCCUCGAAAGCACUUCCUAUUGCCUGGGCCCCCAGAUUCCUGCAAAUAGGCAGCAGACAUUGCUCCCAUCAGCCCGCACUGGAGGGGACCCUCGCUGUGCACACCAGAAUUCGUGUACUUGCAUGAGAGGAAGGACACAUGACUUAUUACUCAUCACCUUCCUCAGGGCAACCCUGUGAGCUAGGACAAACCAUGGUCACUUCUAUUUUACAGACAUAAAAAUUAAGGCACAGAAAUUAUGAAACAUGCCGGUUUGUACUCACAUAUUAUGACAUAAUAUGACCAGUGUUCUCCUUAGGGACAGCUAUUAGGAUUACUUGGGAUUGUUACAUGGAAGCCCCCAACAGUGCCUAUUAAAUAACUCUGAGUAAAGCCACGAGAGAAUGAGAUUUAUCAGUCACCAUGGCUGGUCCGAACCAGGAGUGAGCAAAAUGGAAAACAGGUAAGGGAAAGGAGAACACUAGUUCAAGAAAGUGUGAUGGCGAGGUGAGCUACUAGAUUCGUGCAGUUUGUAUGGGGAGAUUAUGGAUCACUAGAUUUUAACUUGCAAACCCGUAAACUUUCCUUAGUUUCCUCUGAAACCCACAGCACUGGUCCUCCCUUCAGACCAAGGCCAGCAGAAACCUCACCAUGGGGGGAUCUUCUCGAGUUGCUCCUAAAUAACGGAGUCAGGGAGGGAAUUUCCAGGGUCCGCGGGAGAGCUGCACCGGGGUCAGGUGGCUGCGCCUGGGCAGCUGGGGUCACACACAUCACCAUGAGCUGAAGUCUGGGCCAAGAGCACAGGACGUCCAGGCAGCUGGUCAUUAUGCCUAAAACAGCUGCUUUCUCACUGCUGUCAACCAUGUGUUUCUGAAAAGUGUUGGAAAUUCAGAUUUUCCUAGAGGGUAGUUGUUAAAGAAAUGUAUUCAUAUGGCAGGAGUGUUAAAAUUUUUGUUUGUUUUUAAUGCUUACUGGUACUUUUUGCAUUAAAAGGAACUACAAAUGUGUUAUUAAGGUUUCCACUUUAAAUGUACAAUUUGACCUCAUUUUAUUUAUAAGGAAUUGUUACAGAAAAUGCAAAUAUCAAUAUUUGAAAAAUACAUUCCAUUACACGGACUCCAAACAAACAAUGCUGCUAAGCGCCAUGGUCCUAUAUGAUGCUCUCGCCCCACACUGAGCACCACCCGGAAUGGCUUGGAAGCCAAGGUGAUCAACCCAAAUGUGUGCCUGCAGUUUCGGCCCAGCCCUCCCCCUGGGUAUAGCACACAGGUAUGUCAUGGUAACAGGCAACUCCACACAUCUGCCAAAAUAGGACAUUAAGUCAUUAAGCUGAGCAGGCUGCCAACUCAAGACUCCCUAGCUACAGAAAACCAAUGUUGUCGGUUGUAACAGGUUAAUAUAUUAUUUAUGCCACACAAAAAAGUAACUGUACAGGCAAUGAUCUUCCAAAGAAAAUCUUUAAGGCAUCUAUGAUAACUUCUGGAAAUUUAAUAAGUGUUUAGUCAAAUAAUCAGCUCUUCACUAAAUUACUUCCACAAAAUGAGAAUGUGGCUUCCAAACCCUUUAGAAAGUUAUUUGUCCUCGGCUUCCUCCUCUCCCCGGCAGGGCUGGGGAGCUUUGGUGCUUCAGAUUAGGAGGGGCUGGUCUUGCCAGCCCGGUGCCCAGCUCUCCUGGGCCUGGUCCUGAGAGAAGCAGUCCCAGGUCCUGGAAGAAAGCUUGUUUCUGGAGCUCUCUCUCAGUCUCAACCUGCAAGCUCCACGCGGGGCUGUCAUGGAAGCAUUACAUUUACUUGCUCAUGCUACUGUCACCUGGGGAGUUAGUCUGCCUUUCAGAUCUAAGCAUUACAUAGUUCAAUAGGGUUUUUUCUCCAGAUUAAAAACAAACCUAGAUGGAGAUCAAGGUUUUCCCCUGUCCCAAGGCAUUUCCUCCACUUCAUGCCUACAGAUAAGAUUAGCACAAUACCGUUCGAUACAACAAGUGGGAGACAUGAACCGGGAGUGGUGGUGAACCCACUAGCAUGCUGAGUUCCAUGCAGGGACCCCAUUCAGGGAGAGGAGAGAGGAAAGCUGAACAGGGCGGUCACAAAUAACUCAGGGCUCUGAGGUAGAGGACUAGUGGUCACGUGGACCCCACUCCUGGAGAGAAUAUGGCAGGUGAACUGAACAAUCUAAUCCAGCCUCGACUAAGUUGGUAACUGGGGUUGACAAUGCACAGGCAACAGACUCCAAACGGAACACAUAUUCUAAUACAUCAUUCAGUGAGACGCCACUAAAAAGAUAACUGAAAAUUAACAAGUCCUAAGUGUAGGCACUUGAGUUUGUGGGAAAUUCCUGUGUUCGAGGAUCAUAGCAAGUUAGUUUUAGCCAUUCCAUUUAUAUAUAUAGCACAUGGUUUGUACCUUCAUCUUUUAAAAAAAAAAGAGAAAGGACUGUUAAGAACACACUGUAUCAUAAAUCUGGUGAUGAGCAUGAGGCAGUUAAAAAGCUAAUUUAGCGUAACAACGUUGACUGAUUCAGCAAAUUAUAUUUCAGUAAAGUUUAUUCUUCCUGCUCUACUCAUUCACAGUUGGCAACUCUCUGAAUGAAUAAAAUUGAGUUUUUUCUAUUAGUCUGUAAGCUGUGGAUUGAAAUGCAACAAGAACAGUCAGGCAGUUCUAGAGCCAAGUCUGACGGCUUGGAGAGCGCAAAGGGGACUGAGAGCAUGUCAAGUCCCCCCAGGUCAGCCACCGCUCAAGGGACCUGAGACACAGCCCCGUACGCAUCGGCACAGCAGGGAGAGCCUAAGACUGUGGAAAGGUGCUUUUUCUAGAUCUACAAGAAUGCACCCUGAAGCCAAUGCAGAACUCACAAAAUGUUCCCCCAACUUGUGGCAGCUAGGUACCAUUGCUAUCCCUGGACUCUGUGAAGAAAAAGAAGCUUGACUCAACAAUUUCAAACAUGAUUUUAAGAUUUUUAAGUGAAAUUAGAGUGUUAUUGAAAUUGGUAUGGUAGGGCAGGGGCAGGACAAUCAACCUCAUCCCUGAUUGAAUUCCCAUCCUCCUCUCUCUACCAUGAACGUUAAAAGAACAGGUAUAAAAGUACCGACCACCUCAAUUCACAUCUGAAGCAUAAUUAUCUUACUUUCCAAUUAAAGAAUCAAGCCACCUAACUAAGGUCUACUUCCUCAGGCCCUGUUCAGGCAACAGAAAAUGGAAACUGACCACAUGCUUCACGUGGUCAGGUGUUUGCCAAGACUAGCUGUUUUCCUAUAAAAAUUCUAUAUGAAAUAUGUCACAGACUUUAGGGGACAGGGGAACUCUUCUAAUUAAUUUUUUCUUUGAAACAUUGUGCACAAGCUCAUAUUAACAUAGAAAGCAUAUAUAUCUUAUAAAUCCACAGAAAUGUUAAAAAAAAAAAAAGUAGCACUCUGGUUUAUCAGCUCAUUUUACACACAUAUUUAGGCAGUAGGAUGUAUAAAUCUACAGCAACAUGGAGGACAUACCACUAUCCAAACAAAACAACAGGCUGCUGCAAAAAAAUAUUUAGUCCCUUUUACACAUAUAUCCAUAUUUCAUUAAUACAAAAAAAUGUAGUGGUUAAAUGUCUGAAAAAACAGUAUGUAUGAUUGAGAUUGUUAAUCUCUGAGUAUAGCUGUACAACACAUAUUGUUCAUCUCAGAGUUUUGGUUUUUUUUUUUAAGCAGUGGUAGAAGUUUCUCUUCAAAUGUGCAUUUUUAAAAAAACUGGCCAAACCUUCAAAAGAAAAGAAGUUUAACACUUCAGGAUUAAUGCAUGUACUAGCAGCGACUAAGGCCUGGUAGGCUCUGGGGGCCUCAUUCAGCACUCGAGCGAGCCUUCCAAGAUGCGGUCACACACGCUUGGCCAGGGCCUUUGGCUGUUGGCUCUUAUGGGGCAGGGAUCUGGGACCUGGGACCUGGGACCUGGGACGGACAGCACUCACAACAUAACUGGAAAAGUUUCAGCAAGAAGCACUCAUGUCAAGGAGAUGGGACCUGCCAGCCUGAGGCUGGAGAUUCCCCUUCCCCUCACUUGGCCCGUGUCACUCUCCUGCUCCAAAUGACACUCCGCAGGAGUCUUCCCUUUAAGACUUAGUGUGAGCUGAGGUCCAGUCAAAGCCGAUCAUUAGAAUCACUGAUGCACGGAUGUGUGAGGGUAUUUUUGAAUAUGGAUUUUUAAAUUGGAAUCACCAAUAAUGCAGCUAUAUAAAAAGUGCAGCACAAUAAAAGUGCAUUUUCUCCACCACUGCCUAGUGGCAGGUGACUGAGGACUCCACAGACAGGACACAGCAAGAUGAGAGAACAAGAUGGCUGCUAGGAGGUGUCAAGCUGCCACACCGCAAUCCUGACACCCGAGUAGCAUGAAUACUGGUAAAGCUUUCAGUUGUUAAGGCCACAAUUUUUCAGCUCUCAUCUUUGAACCCUGCUUAGAAAGAUUUCACCUUUUUUAAAGGGGUAGUUCACUGAAAAUACAGCUUAGCUUUU